GGGGAAGAAAGACAGGGAGCCCCGGAUCAAACACCCCCGUUUCCGCGUCUACCGCCUGGUGGAGGACCUCAAGCACCGCCCCAAGGAGCCCCUCGAACUCAUCCUCACCGAACCCGUGGAAGACGUUGGGAACCGCGGCGAAACCAUCUUCAUCCACCGAUCUUUCGGCCGCAACCAUCUCCUGCUCCACAAUCGGGCCGUUUACGCCUCUCCCGAAAACAAGAAGUUUUUCGAAGAGGAAAACCGAUUACGUGAAGAGGGGAAGCUGCCGAGGUUACAAACUCACAGCGGUAUGAAGGUAUGAAAGCCGGGAAGAAUGAAUGCCGAAAAGUUCGGUUUCAGGAGGAUAAUUGGGCAAGACGCUUUAUUUGGAAGCUGAAUUGUGGAGAAGAAGCUGCCAUCCAUCCGUCUGUCUUAGUAUCACCUGUAUCUGUCUCCUUUAUCAUCCUCUCUUAACGGCCCCAUAAUCCCUUGUGUCAGCGUGGAGUCUGGGCAACUGAAUGGAUCUGAGUGUUUUGAAUGGCUGGAUGCCCUUCCUGUUGCUAGUGUGGAGUCUUGUGCCGCAGAUAUAUUCUCAUUGUGCCCAGAGAGAGAAAUAUCUGCCUCUACCUAGGAUUGAACUCACGGCC